AUGAGCAGCCAUCCCCAUCGACAGCAGCAGCAGCAGCCGCCGCUGCGGCGACAAGAAGAAGAAGAUCAGGAGAGACCGCUGCAGGUACAAACAGAUUUGGACGAACGACCGAGACGAACGUCUCUGCACAACAGCCAUCAACGUCCUCGCCGUCCUUCCGUUCCAUCAUCACAGCAUCAGCAACAGCAACAGCAUCAUCGUCCUCGAGGACAACAACAAGAAGCAUCAGACGAAGCAAACAACAUGAUCAUGAUGAAAGUGGUGGCUUCUCGCAUGGACCAUUUGGGAAUUCCCGCAUCGUCAGCACAAUCACAACGACGACUUCCGUCUCGAUCGUACAACAACAGUCACCUGAGUCAAGUGUCGGCCUUGUCGUCGGCAUCUCGCGACAGUACCAGCGUCCUGUCGUCGUAUCAUGGAAUAGAUGGUGCAAGUCCCAUGGCUGACUUGCACAGAGACAACGAUGGUGAAGAAGAUCCGGUGCUCAUGAAGAUGAUUGCCAAUCGAAGUCAAGAGUAUCGAGCCAACAUGAAUAUGACAGUCGACGCCAUACGUCAAGCGGGUCCUGUCCUGGACUAUGUACAUCGACAAGAGUACAUGGGAGAAAUACACGCAGUAGAACAAAAGCUGACGUCACAUCAUCUACAACAACCCACCGAACAGAGACUUCGCUCGUCCUUUGCCAAAGCCACUCCAACGGGUUCUCAUCCCAUGAUGGCCGCCAUGAAUCUUGGUACAGCACACACCAUGUCUACCACGCCCUCCACGGGCGCCACUACUAUCGCUACUACUGCUACUGAUACCGCUUCCUUUCCCAUUGUCUCUCAAACACCACCGUCUCUACCAGGAGCGUAUGCAUGUGCUCCCACCGCUCCUUCUCUUCAUCACAACAGUGGCACAGGUACUGAUGAAGAGUAUGAUCUCAAUGACGACAUCAGUACCGUUGAUGGAAUGGUGCAAGAACACGAUGAAAACUACUACAUGUCACGCUCUGCUGAUUACCUUUCCAGAUCCUCUAGAUCACGACAGUCCAGUCUCGAUGGAUCCAUGUCCACCAUUGCAUCGUCACGAAGACGAUCGUCCUCCAGGAGAUCUUAUCAUGCUCCAUCAUCAUCAUCACAUCAACAACAUCAAGCAGGACAAGCACAAGCACAAAUCAACGAAGAAGAAACCGAACAAGGCGACACUCAUUCCAACAAUACUCCCACAAACGACGAAAACAACAACGAAAAUAACAACAACAAUAGCAAUCAGGAUGAUGUAGAAGCACAACAACCACCAAAUACGCAAGACACACAAGACAAAGACCAAAAAUGGGACUAUCCAAUAUACAUUGCUUGGACGUUGCUGGCGCUCACACUCAUUGUCACCAUUUCAGCUAUCGUCAUUGUCGCCACGAAACCUGAUUUCAUUUAUGCCAUUGGAGCCGACAAUGAUGAUGCUACGCACAGCAACCCUCCAUUUGGCAUGGGCGGAGACCAAGACUUGUUGCUGCCACAAGAAGGAGGUGCCGUCAUGUUAUUGCACUACUUGCCAGAAUUGACGCAACUCAAAAUUGAACAGGAUCCGACAUCGCCACAAUCUUCUGCCUACAAUUGGCUCAUUCAGGAUACCAACUUUUCACAGUAUCCGCUCUGGAGACAUCGACAACGAUUUGCCCUUGCGGCACUCUACUUUUCACUACGAGGAAACUUUUGGCCCCCAGAAAUGCAAGAGACGUGGUUGCACCAUGGCGUACACGAAUGCGAAUGGAUGACCGCGGCAUCCACGCCCUGUAAUGGAAAACAAGGACUCUACCAACGACUCAGUCUCGAUAAUAUUCCACAGCUCGUAGGACGGUUGCCACUCGAAAUUGACAUGCUCACGGGGUUGCGAGAGAUUCGCAUUACCCGCAUGUCCUGGAACUUGACACUCUCCGAUUUUGUACCCGCAUCGGCAGCGCUAUUGCCAAAGUUACAAGUCAUGGACUAUUCGCACUCGAAUUUUCAAGGUUCUUCCAUUCCGGCACAACUCGGUCAAAUGACGCAAUUGGAAGAAUUGUACUUGAACAAUGCGCGGCUGGCCGGGAAACUUCCCACGAAUCUACAAACCAUGGCAUCGCUUGAUACAUUGGAACUCAACAACAACCAAUUCACCGGUACCAUUCCGGGACAGUGGAAUGCUAUGACUACGUUGGAAACCAUCAAUAUCGAUCAGAAUCUACUCUCCGGCACACUGCCUGUAGCAUGGCACAACAUGACCAACUUGCUAGACAUUUCGCUGCGAAACAACAAUCUAACAGGAACGCUGCCGGUCGAAUGGGGAGAUCUCCAACAACUCGUCAACUUGCGCCUCGAUCAUAAUCACUUUCAAGGGACCAUUCCCGAUUCCUGGGAGUUUCCAGUAGUCAAUGCCUUUGGCGUCGAUGGAAAUCCAGACUUGGAAGGAAGUAUUCCACAAAAGCUGUGCUCGCAUCAAACACCCCUUUCCUUCAAUGUCUUUGCCGACUGUGAACAGCUCUUGUGCUGUGGCGAUGUCUCUCAAGAAAAACUGGAUUUGCAAGCGCACAUUUACCAAGUCCACAACAAUGAUGACUGAAAACGAUACGAUCAAGCCGAGCCAUUAUCCCUCCCUCUCUGCCCACUGAUCCCCAAUGCAUUGUACAGUACCAUCCGUGUCCUUCGUGUAUGUAUGUACGGCGGAAUAGCUCAUGGCCUUGUUUGUUGGACAUCAAAGCCAGCCGAAGCUGCGUAUACUGUACUUGCUACGUAUAGUGAGAUUUGGCCAUAACUUCUAUCCUUUACAUUUCACAAUUACACUAAACAAAUGUGUAGAUGCUGCUGUUGCAACUUGCUGAAUAAUAUCUCUGUAUGUGUGGAAGAGCAAGGUACCAGCAGUCUCGUAAUAUGGCGACCCAACCGGUCCAUCAAGCUUCCUGUACAGCCCACGUAGGAAAACAC